AAGAUCAGCGUCGUCGGCCCCUCCGGCGCGGGCAAGAGCACGAUCGCGAACUUCCUCGCGGCGGACAGCGACCGGGCCCAGUUCAAGCUCGCGUCGGCCUACGUGCCCACGGUGGGCGUGCGCAUCCUCGAGUGCGAGCGGGCCGUCGGCGGCGGCCCCGCGUCCGCCGUCGAGCUCUGGGACACGGGCGGCUCGACGGACUACGAGAGCUGCUGGCCCGCGAUCAUGAAGGACACGGCGGGCGUCAUCCUCGUCUACAACCCGGACAACGAGGGCCACGUCAGCGAGAGCGGCGCUUGGUACGACUACUUCGUCAAGAACAACGAGCUCCCCGACGAGGCGUGCGUCGUCUUCGCCUUCGACCCCAACGCGCAGCGCGGCACGCGGCAGCGCACGAGCCCCAAGCUCCAGCACCUCAACGUCAUCAACGCGUCCCUGGAGGACGGCCCCUUCCUCCUCCAGCAGUUCGACCGCUUCCUC